CAGAUGCCGACAGACACAUUUCUGAUCAAGCCCGCGGCGGCCCUUUCCGCAGUCUCGGGGCGAAGCGGAAGAGAACGUCUCCGUAGAUGUGUUCCAGGGGCGCUGGCGGCUGUGCCUACAGGUUUGUUGGAGAAGGACCCUCGAUUAGUCCAGGUGGCUGUGGCGCCUUCCGGCUCUCCCCGCCCCAGUCAUCCCUAAGGUUCCGCAGGCCUUGCAAGUGGCGAGUCCGUCAGCCCCACCCGGCGGGCAGCCUCUUUUCCCGGCCCGCCCGCGCCGGCCCGCCUGGCCCAACGGUCCGCUUCGGAGCCUUCGCGCACGGGAGAGGCGGCCCGAGCGGCGCCGGCGGGUGCGCGUCUAUCCGGAGGCGCGUGGUAGUGAUGGCGGCGCUCAGUGAGGCUUUGCUGUCACUGGAUACUACUACUCCCAGCCCUCCGCGAAGCCGCCCGAGCAGCCUCCGGGUCUCCCGUUUACAAGUAGCAAUUUGACUUGCUCUGCUGCAUGUUAAGAGGGACGGUGGAAAGUGUGCGGACGCCCCCGGGAUUCAGCGAACGCAGCUCCAAAAGGAAAAAAGGCAAACAAGUAAACAAAACCCACCCAUCCUGACAAACAUGAGGCUGCUGGAGAGACUGAGGAAAGAAUGGUUCAUGGUCGGGAUCGUGCUGGCGAUCGCCGGAGCGAAGCUGGAGCCGUCCAUCGGGGUGAACGGGGGACCACUGAAGCCAGAAAUAACUGUCUCCUACAUUGCUGUUGCAACUAUAUUCUUUAACAGUGGACUAUCAUUAAAAACAGAGGAGCUGACCAGUGCUUUGGUGCAUAUACGACUGCAUCUUUUCAUUCAGAUCUUUACGCUUGCAUUCUUCCCAGCAGCAAUAUGGCUUUUUCUUCAGCUUUUAUCAAUCACACCGAUCAAUGAAUGGCUUUUGAAAGGUUUGCAGACUGUGGGUUGCAUGCCUCCCCCUGUGUCUUCUGCAGUGAUUUUAACCAAGGCAGUCGGUGGAAAUGAGGCAGCAGCAAUAUUUAAUUCAGCCUUUGGGAGUUUUCUGGGCAUUGUUAUAACACCCCUGCUACUGCUGCUUUUUCUCGGCUCAUCCUCUUCGGUGCCUUUUACAUCUAUUUUUUCUCAGCUUUCUGUGACGGUUGUGGUGCCUCUCAUUAUUGGACAGAUUGUCCGAAGGUACAUCAAGGACUGGCUUGAAAGAACGAAGCCUCCUUUCGGUGCUAUCAGCAGCAGCGUGCUCCUCAUGAUCAUCUACACCACCUUCUGCGGCACGUUCUCCAACCCGAACAUUGACCUGGAUAAGUUCAGCCUUGUGGUCAUACUGUUCAUAAUAUUUUCUAUUCAGCUGGGCUUUAUGCUUCUAACCUUCAUCUUUUCAACAAGGAAUCCCGAUGCUGAAGAUCGUGUUCGCAGGCCACGAGCACCUCUCCUUAAUCUCCGUCCCUCUGCUCAUCUACCACCCGGUGCAGAUCCUCCUGGGCAGCGUGCUGGUGCCCACGAUAAAGUCGUGGAUGGUGUCGCGGCAGAAGGGAGUGAAGUUGACGAGACCAAUCGUAUAGCGCAGGAGGUGCCCGGCCUGCGGCGAUGUACAUAUGUACAGGGUUGUGCACAGUCCUGAGACUCGUACUUGUGAAUGUUGCUUUGAUGCAUAUUUUAUUUUUUUACACACAGAAAAUGAUAAAACUGUUGAAGUGCCUUAAAAAUGUAUUUGACAAGAGCGUUAUUUCCAAAACCAACUUUGUUGGUUACUGCCAGGGGUGGUGCAGUAUUUUGGAGUUGUUUAAUAUUUCUUUUCCUAACGCAGGGAACAGUCAUCGUAAGUGACAAAAGCCCCAGCUUUGUGCAUACAACUCUGUCAUGGUUACUGUACUGUUCGAAAGGAGGUCGUACCAUCAGAGAAAUGCCCUUCCGAAGACGGGGACUACUUCCAAAGUCUUACUCACAAGUACUUUGAUUUACUGUGUGAUUUUCUUCUACAACUGUGACAUGCCUCUUAUCAACUCCACAGGAGUCAUAGACUGAAAAGCAUAAUUUAUCUGCAUUCCUUGACAUCUAUUUUUUAGACAUUCCUUCAAAUAGUUUCCACACAGAAAUUCCUCUGUGCCAUGAUCAGAAAUUGUGAUAGUAUGUGUCUUAAAUUUACUAUAAGCUGCUUCAAAGAAAAGACCGGAUGGUUGAGUUAUGGUCAAUUAAGUGACGUUUUGAGGAAAACUACAAGAUAUGGUUUUCAGGAUUUUCAAAAUCAUAGAUGUUUCAUUUUUCUUCCAAUUUAACUUCUUUCCUAUUUUCCAACACACUCGCAAACUCAUAAUAGCCAAAUGUGAGACACAAAAAUGUUAUCAGUUUGAAAGCAUCAGUGAUUAAUGAUGGACUAUAUUCACAUUCCACGACUGAGAAAAACUUUUCCUGUUACAUAGAUGUGCUGAGCACAAAUCACCCUGUUAGCCAGAAGCAGCAGCCUGUUACAUCCUUGAAUUAAGCACACUUACGGCAUUUGAGACAAGUUAUAAAUGAAAAUUUCCUUGGCAGGCUUGGCAAACGAUUGCGACAUUUAAAAAAAUUUAAAUCAGAUUGCUGUUAUGAAUAAAUGGAAAUAUGAAGGUCAUAGAUGCAAACAGAUGUUACAGAUACACAUUCUUUCUACCCAAAUGGAAAAAAAAAAAUGGACACAGAAAAUGCAAAACCAUUUAUUGGCCAAAGUAGUAAGUAAAAUUCAUUCCCAAUUGGGCUUCAGCUUUCAAAACAGUGUUGAAUAUUUGCCUCUGCGAGUGAAGAGCAUUCACUGGACCCAAAGAGAGAAUAGAGCAAUAUGUAAAGUCAGGGGAACUCUCUGCUUCCCGCACACCCUCUGUGACAUCCUCUCCAUGUGUCUUUCUUGAUCUGACAGACAAGAUCGGCGCCCGGGAGCACACCAGGGCCACGCUGUCCUCGGCAGCUGUCCUGUUGUUUUGUCAACAAAAGAAAAAUCAUUCCUUAGAAACCGAUCAAGUUCAUCAAUUGUGUGACUUUGUAUUCUUGUUACUACCAGGCCUCGUCUCCUGUGGGCUUCUUCUGACUCAUUUCAACAUCACUGAAUUUCAUAAAUUUCAGAACAGUUAUCCUCAGUGUCAAUUUUAAAGCCAGUGCCAGACCUUGCAUAAAACUACGCUAAAUGGGCUAUUUGUCAAGAAUUUUCAUCGUCGAGACUUUUGUAAUUUUGUUUGAUACUUUGGAUGCUUACAAAUGGAGCUCAGAAAGGUUUUUGUGUUCUGUUCCUGUAAACUUCUUUAAAGUUCAGAGUAAAUGAAAUUGAGUUACAAUAAAAGCUAGCAUUAGAAUACUGUUUUUCCCCCCAACUUAUCUACCUCUCUUGUCAAACACCUAUAGUAGGUGUGUGAUUAUGGGAUAAUAUUCAACGGAAAAUACUAUAACAUCUUUUGCUUUAAAAAAAAAUCUUUUUUUUUUAAUAAUCUACAUGGUGAAUGUUGGUGGCUUUAGUGAUAUGUUUAUGCCUAUUUCUUUUACACAAAUGCUGUGGCAUAUUUUUCCAUAAAGGAAAAACAGAAUUAAAAUUUAUUUUUAAUUCAUGUUUAUUGGGAUUUAAUUAUUCAUGUCUGAAAAUACUUUAUUAUGUUUAUGUACUGUCAAGCUAUCUGUUCUAUGCAUUUGUUUUGUCUAAGUGUAUUUAUGAAAGAAAUAAUUAGAUUAUAUUUAUGUUUACCCAUUUUUCCACCUGGAUUUUUUUAAUGGCUGUUAUGAAAUUUGAUUAUUUUAGUGGGUGAUAAUGUUCAUCUCUUCAUAUGUUCUUUUCUAAGUUUUAAAAUUUUUGUGGGUUUUUUUUCAAGUUCUUUCCUGUUCUGUUUGAAAUUAACACACCUCUGGCUAAUGUUCAGUGUUUGUUUAUGCUAAAUACCAAAUUUUUUCAAAAGGAUUGGUAAAGUAAUAAAGUGGAUUAUUUAUGAUGAAUGGAAGAUGAAAAGGAUUCUAUGAUUAAACAAAGAAAUGUUUCAGAAA